AACAUAGAAAUUAGGUGCAGGAGUAGGCCAUUCGGCCCUUCGAGCCUGCACCGCCAUUCAAUAUGAUCAUGGCUGAUCAUCCAACUCAGUAUCCCGUACCUGCCUUCUCUCCAUACCCCCUGAUCCCCUUAGCCACAAGGGCCACAUCUAACUCCCUCUUAAAUAUAGUCAAUGAACUGGCCUCAACUACCCUCUGUGGCAGAGAGUUCCAGAGAUUCACCACUCUCUGUGUGAAAAAAGUUCUUCUCAUCUCGGUUUUAAAGGAUUUCCCCCUUAUCCUUAAGCUGUGACCCCUUGUCCUGGACUUGCCUAACAUCGGGAACAAUCUUCCUGCAUCUAGCCUGUCCAACCCCUUAAGAAUUUUGUAACUUUCUAUAAGACGGAACGUUUUAGGUCGGGUCUGAAGAAGGGUCCUGACUCAAAACGUCACCUAUCCAUGUUCCCCAGUGAUCGUCUUUGGAGUGUGGGAUGAAACUGGAGCACCCGGAGAAAACCCACGCGGUCACAAGGAAAACGUACAUAAUCGGCAUAGACAGCAUCUGUAGCCAGAAUCAAACCCGAGUCUCUGGCGCUGUGAGGCAGCAACUACACCGCUGCACCACCGUGCCAACACCCCCAGGUUGGACCAUGGACUGAACCGUUACGUGGCCAUCGUGGGAAGGACAAAUAGUCUGAAGUUCGUGUCUCUUUUCUAAACGUUUAUUCCAGAUUCCCACCGGGCUGAACAGAUGUAAUUCCGGUAAAGAUGAAUUCUCCUAGAAGGUACUUCAGUGAGAGACUCCGAUCCAGACUGGGGUCUCUGCUGCUGCUCUCCCUGUGUUACCUGUUGCUGCUGCUCCCAGCCUACCAGAAGAGUCAGGACAUCUGGCAGCUCUACAGCAUGGCGGCCGAUCGCAUGGCGCACCUUCACAACAAGUCUCAGAGGGUCGUUUCAAGCCGCUGCGAGGUGAACUUCAGCCGCACCAGACUCACCGAGCUGUAUCCAAGGAAAGCUCUUGGCAGCGUCCCGGUCUUUGUGGGACGGGGCUCGACCUCACUCCCGGGCGGCGGGAGGUACGAGCCACCCUUUGGGUUCAGAGGAUGCGAGGAACAGCUUCGGGAAACCCUGGAGAUGCUGCCGGAAGCUUCUGGAGGGAUUCCCGGCGAGGAGCUGGCGCUGUCUGGCUGCAGGAGAUGCGUGGUGGUGGGGAAUGGAGGCAUCCUGGGCGGAAGCCGGCUCGGACCGUACAUUGACCAGCACAGCGUCGUUAUCAGACUGAAUAACGGGCCGGUGUCGGAUCACGCACGGGACGUGGGUACAAAGACUACGCUGCGGAUUGCGUACCCAGAGGGUGCUCUCAAGUCUCCCCGGGAUUACGACCCAGCCUCGCUGCUGGUGGUGGCAACGUUCAAGUGCACGGACCUGUCUUGGGUAAAGGCCAUGGUCAGGAAGGAGCCACUGAGCCUUUGGCAGAAGAUGUGGUUUUGGCAAUCGGUGCCCGAUCUGAUUCCUUUGGAACCACACAAUUACCGGAUAUUAAAUCUGGACAUUAUUCGGGAAACAGCGAUGAACUACCUGGGCUUUCUGGAGCCAACCUCCAAGCGGUGGAGAUGGAAACAGAUGGUUCCAACACUGGGAGUGACCUCGGUCGUCACUGCCUUACACCUCUGUGAUGAGGUGAACCUGGCUGGCUUUGGCUACGACAUGCACCACCUCGAUCUACCUCUACACUACUACGAGGCUAUCCGCAUGGAUGCCAUGAACGCUCAGGCUGUGCACAACGUCAACCAAGAGAAGCUCUUCCUGGCCGCUUUAGUGAAGGGGAAUGUCGUCAAUGACCUUACGGAGGGGGUCAACUGGUAGGACAUCUACUCAAAAUCUUGCCAAAUGCGGGCAACUGUGUAGAAGGAAGGAAAUGCAGAUGCUGGUUUACCAAGGAACAAGGCAAAGUGGAUGUGGAGAGGAUGUUUCCAUUAGUGGGAGAGUCCAGGACCUGGAGAGGAGCUCUGACCGCCGGCUCUGCAGUCUGUGGUGCUUCUGGCUGUGGCGAGGCGGGGACUUUAAAUCUUCGACCGCCGGCCUGCGGCCUACACCAUCUUGAAGCUGCGGUCUCCGGUGGGGAGGCACCGAUUCAGGACUUACCUGGACUUAUCUUGUCCGUACAUCUGGAUGUUCGCAGCGGUAACUGCGGAGGGUUGAGGUCCCGACCACGGGGGGAAAUGGAGGAGGACUGGCCAAAUUUUGUGCCUCCCACCGCAGUGAUGAAUGCUGUGGUGGAUGUUUGUGUACAUUUUUAAAAUUGUGUAUUGUGUGUUAUUUUUUUAUUGUACCGCUGCUGGCAAAUUCAUUUCAAUUGCACUUAUGUGCAAGUGACGAAUAAAA